AUGCACUUGUUAAGCUCAUGGCCGGAAAUAAAGAAUUCUACUCACAGAAUAAAAAAUUUUUACUUGCGAUCUAUUGGGUUAAUAAUUGCCAGUACCGACUAUACGGACAUUAAAUUGUUAUUGAGGCAUAUUUUCACUGUUUGUUUGUAUGAAACUGAUGGAUCAAACUCAUAUAAACAACCCACAAAAUGUGAAAUAUCUAAAAUGUAUCUCAAACAAAGGAUAGCUACGCACAUAGUAGAGUUGAAUGAUGAAUUUUUAAAUCCAAGAGAAGAUGAUGAUAAGGAACCAAGUGAAGAUUAUACAGAUAUUAUUGCAGAAACUCCCAACACUUCAAUAUUUUUGGAAUUCAAAUUGAUUUUUGAAAAUGUAAAAUAUGAAGCAGAACAUGAUGAUGAAGGGGACCAUGACAACAUGCAGUUUAAUCCGAUUAUCGCGAAAAAAUUACUAAACUUCUGUAAAUUAAUUCCGACGUGGUCUGCUCUAAUGGUUCCUAUAUUUAAGUAUGGAAACAUAACUGAAACCAGCUCAACUUCGGAGAGUUUGUUCAAUGAUUUAAAAACCAACGUUUUCAAACAUAAAAGUUUUCCUUUACGCAUUGAUCAAUUUUUAAAAAUUCACGUUAAUUCAAUCAUCGGUUCUAUGAACAUAAUCGGAAGUACACUUGGUGCAUCAAAAUCUGAAAUUCAGUAUGAUAAUUAUUUAAUGGAUAAAAAAGAUGAAGAAGUUGAAAAUGAACAAAGUUAUAAUAGUUGUAUUAAUAUGAAUACUUAUGAUUGGUUUGCACAUAACAUUGAGGAAAAUGAUGACAAUGCAAAUGAAUUCUAUUUAGAAGCUAAGACAAAUGAUGACAAUGUAAAUGAAUUCAAUUUAGAACCUGAGAAAAAUGAUGAAAAUGCAAACGAAUUCAGUUUAGAAAUCGAAAAAAAUGAUUCGUUUGAAGAUUGGAGAGGACUCGGAAAACCAAUUACAACCAAAAAUGUUUCGUGUUUGGUCACCAAUGAUUUAAAUAAUGUACCAAAUAACCUAAUUACAGACAUUGAAAACCAUUAUAUUGUAAAUGAAACUGUUGGUAAAUCAGAAAAAAAAACUAAGAGUAAUAAGAAAAGCAAUUACCUUGAAAAAGACCCAACUGUGUUGUUCUACAACGAUCGUAGCAAAACAAAAAGUGUAAUAUUAGGUAUCUUAAAGAAUGGUAAUAUUUCUGAUCUUAAGCCAGUAAACAUUGAAGGAUUUAGCUAUACUGUGACCAAUACCUGUGCUUUUGAUAGUUUAGUACAUCUUAUAUGCUCUUCGUAUGUGGACAGUACGCAAUAUUCUACAUAUAUUGAUCAAGAAAUAUCUCACGAUUUCUUCGAGUUAGUUUCGAGUGCAUCGAGGGAUGGAAUUAAUGCUCAAACAUAUCGGAAAAGAGUUGUUAUUUUAAGUAAAAUAAUGUGCACUUUGCGAACCUGGACUGAAUAUCCAGGUGGUCUUAGAAACUUUGACUGUUCAUGCACAAUGGCAUUUAUGACUCGCAAUUUAUUUUCAAAUUAUUUUUCAUUAGUGACUGUAAGGAAAUGCCUUAACUGUUCUUUUACUAAAAAAAGAAAACUCGUGACAAUUUUGGUUAAAUUACCAACGGAAAACUUAGAUUUUCUAAAUGAUGCGUUGUCAUCGAUGUUUUUACAAAAUCAUAAGACAUGUCAAAAUUGCGAAAUUGGCAUUAUUGAACAGGUAAAUGAUUAUGGAAAACAAAUAUUUAUUGAACCAUAUGUAACACAUACUGCGGGACAAAACACGAAUAAGGACUUAGAUAUAUCUAUAAUGUUACACGAGAUUCCUAAAACUAUAACUGUUCAACAAAAACUUUAUAAUCUUCGAGGAAUGAUUAUUUUUAUUCCACCCGCUUCGAAAAAACACCAAGCUGUUGGUCAUUAUAUCACAUAUUGUUGGAGAGAUGCAACCAAUAAAUGGGAGAAGUAUGACGACCUUUCCACUUCACCAAGAAUUGUUAGACCAACUACUAUCGCUAACAACUGCCAAAUAUUAGUCUAUACAAUAUAA